ACAAGCAGAACCAGCAAUAUGGCCGACCUAGGUAAGAAGUACUGCGUUUAUUGUCUGGCCGACGUGACAAACCUGCGGCUCCGUUGCACCGAGUGCCAGGACGUAGAGCUCUGCCCGGAGUGCUUCUCUGCAGGAGCCGAAAUCGGCAACCACCGGCGAUGGCACGGGUAUCAGCUAGUGGAUGGCGGGCGCUUUACUCUUUGGGGUCCAGAAGCGGAGGGAGGCUGGACCAGCAGGGAAGAGCAGUUGCUGCUCGAUGCAAUCGAGCAGUAUGGCUUUGGGAACUGGGAGGACAUGGCGGCACACGUGGGGGCCUCUCGCACCCCUCAGGAAGUAAUGGACCACUAUGUCAGCAUGUACAUCCAUGGCAACCUGGGCAAAGCCUGCAUCCCAGACAGCAUCCCCAACCGGGUGACGGACCACACCUGCCCGAGUGGUGGACCCCUCUCCCCGAGCUUGACCACCCCGCUACCACCCCUCGACAUCUCCAUCGCUGAGCAGCAGCAGCUCGGCUACAUGCCCCUACGGGACGACUAUGAGAUUGAGUACAGCCAGGAAGCGGAGACGUUGAUCAGCGGCCUCUCGGUCAAUUACGACGACGACGACGUGGAGAUCGAGAUGAAGCGUGCCCAUGUCGACAUGUACGUGCGCAAGCUGAAGGAGCGGCAGCGGCGCAAGAACAUCGCCCGUGACUACAAUCUGGUACCAGCCUUCCUGGGCCGGGACAAAAAGGAGAAGGAAAAAGAAAAACCAGCAUUGGGAACCGGGGCGCUUCCCGUGACUCCCAUUACAACGCUGGUGGGGACCAAGCGCAAGAUCACCAAGGAGGAGAAGGAUCAGAGGAUUAAGCUGCGGCCGCUCUAUCAGUUUAUGGCCUGCCGGGAGCUGGAGGAAUUAUUUGAGAACUUGCACAAGGAGCGCGUGCUGCGGUCCAAGAUCCGGGAGCUGCAGCGUUACCGGCGCUGUGGCAUCACCAAGCUGGAGGAGACGGCCGAAUACGAGGCAGCCAGGCACAAGCGGGAGAAGCGCAAGGAGAACAAGACGAUGGCCCUUUCCAAGCGGGGAGGGGCCGCAGGGGGGGCAGGUGGCGGGGGCGGUGCUGGUGCUUGUGCUGGUGGCGGUGGAGGAGGAGGAGGAGGCAAGGAAGAGGGCAAGGACAGCGAGUUUGGGGCCAUUGAGAACCUCUCUGGCUUCGAACUGCUCUCUGACCGCGAGAAGGUGCUCUGCAACUCCCUGAACCUCAGCCCCACGCGCUACCUGACUGUGAAAACCAUCAUCAUCAGGGACCACCUGCAGAAGCGCCAGGGCAUUCCCUCCAAGAGCCGCCUCCCCAGCUAUCUGGACAAGGUCCUCAAAAAGAGGAUUUUGAACUUUCUCACCGAGAGCGGCUGGAUUUCCAGGGAUGCCUCGUGAUUGCCUAGCUUGUAGGAUUUCAGUUUGUACAUUUCUUUUGUUUUAUUUUUUUUUACAAAAUAUUUUACUUUUUUUCUCAGUGACUUCCAUGUGUUUCAAAUGGGAUAAGUAACUGUUGUAUUUAUUUGUUUUUUUUUUUUUUGUUUAUAUGUGAAUCACUUGGGGUUGCUAUUUUUAUACACUCUAAUGACAAAAAUGGGCAUUUAUGCAAUUAACCUUGCCCCCCCCUCCCCCCCCAACUUUGAGAAAAACAGAGCUUUUAUAUAAAAAAGAAAAACAGUUGCCUGAGAGAAAGUAGACAGUUGUGUUGUUGCUGAAAGUCACAAUUGUGAAUUUCUACAUGUCAGCAAACGUCAGUGCAAACGGAGAAUUGUGUUGACAUUGCUGCUUUAAACUAAUAACUGGUGAAGGACGUCCAGAAAAAAUAAAAACGUUUAAUUGGUAAAACCAGGACAUUUAUGUACCUUUUUCCUUUACACAAACAGAACUUGUUUCACUGUGCAAAAACAAAUCGCAAAUUACAAACAUCCUGCUUGCCAUCAAGCUGCAGAUGUAUGAAUUACACUGUCAUGUCAUAAUUACAUUUACUGGCUACUCACUUGUCUAGCAGUACUCAACCAAAUUUGACUAGCAUAUCCCAAGGCUGAUCUUGGUAUUUCCAUCUGUGAAUAUGUUUAUAGCUUGUGUAUGUGAUUAUUAUUACAGGCUAGUUAGUGAGUGUGAUUGCUGUGUAUUUUGUUAAGGUGAAGUCAUUGCAUGUAAAGCCAAGUGUAUUAUAAUGUAGAUUUAACAGUUCUGUAGUUGUUGUUUUUAUACUUGAUGUGAUCUGUAGUAUAUUCACAACUACAGUAAACCCACAUUGUUACUCUGAUGUGAAUUUCAUAUCAGAAGACAUUAUACACUAACAUUUCGAACACAGUGUCGUUACCACUGUAAUCAGUAUUGUUGCAGCACGGUAUUUGUCUUAGGUAUUUAUCAGGACCUCAGCUGUAUAAUGCACUGUGUGCAUGUGGGAAGAAUCAAAGUUUGUGCAGUUCUGGAACAGGAAUUUUACAGUGCAGUAACUAUAGAAACGGAAUGUGAAGCUUAAAGGAAUCCACACAGAAAAUUGGAGAUUAAUUGUUUUACAAGGUUAAUGUCCUUAUAGUAACCUUAAAAAAAAACAAAAACAUAUUCUUACAAGGGUUUACUGUCACACUAGAUUUCUGAAGUUGCUUUAAAGCACUGCUCUAAUGUGUAUCUGCAUUACAAACUGACCAACAUGUAACAUCAUCCAUUGUUUUCCAGGUUUAGUGCUGGGUAGGAUUUAAGCAUAGAGAGGUCGGGUAGCUAAUACUUUCAGUGAGCUUUUGCUUGGGCUGAGAUUAUCUGUGUGUUGGCCUGUUAGUUUUAACCAAGACCACACCACACCACACUUCCUAUCAAUAUUGAUAAUAAAACAGAAUAAAAUGUGAAGACCAAUGGAGAGCAGCCACCAAGUUGAUCAGACAUUGUGAUGAUGAGGCAUAGGAGUAAAACCUUUGCACUCCCAUGUGCAAUAUUCCUUCAGGCUAAGGACAGAAUGAGAGAUACUAUGUUGCUAAUGCACUUAAAUAGAAGCAUACUUGGCAGGAGAAAUUAUUCAAUCACUGCAGCAACUUUGAAUAGCCUUCUUUGAGCAUGUUAACAAGGAGCGCCUGCUGUUCUUGCAUCCAUGUUUAGUAAGGAUUUGGGAAAGACUGUUGGCUUAUUUCUGUCCAAGUGUAGUCUCAAAAGGUAUGAACAUGCUAAAGUUGUUAAAUAUUUUGCAUCUGCCGUACACUGACUGUAACAUUGGCCAGAAUACAGUCUGUGGCUGUUUUGGGAUCUUUGCAAUGUGUCAUUAUGAUAAGUGAUGAAAUAGUAAUGGUCACUUGACUGGAAGGCAGAAAUUUUAUUGUUUCAGCAUUCAAUCAGCAAAAGAAAAAAAAAAACAUUAAAUGCAAAUGAGCCAUUUGUUCAGUAUAAAAAUACAAACAUCAGUGUUUUUGACAUCUGCUUUGCAUAUUUGCAGGCUAAACAGAAGACUAAAUAUAUAUAUAUAUUUUUUUUUGGUAGAAUGCACUAGCCAUUAGGCAUAGAUGAUCUGUGGAAUGGUGGCACCAUUUAAAAGUUGAUGUGUAUGUAAAGCUUUAAAUUAGUUUCCUUGGUACUAUGUAUGUUUAAUUUAUUUUUUAUUUUGAGUCCCACACCAUUAAAAACUGAAACAGUAGAACAGUUGUAUAUCUAAAUCUACAUGAUAGGGAGUAGGUGAUUUGCGUGAACACUGGCAGUUUUACUGGGUGAAUGUUAGACCUACUAGGGGGUUCAUAUGCAUCAUCAAUUCAAUGGGAUGCCUGGCGUCUUCUAAACCAGAUAUAAAACUGAAGCCAGAGGUGAACGAUGGAGUGUAAACUUUGCUGCACACCUCCUGAGUUUUAACGAUUUGUAAAUAUUUCAAGGCAAUCUUUAAGACUUUGAUUUAUGCUAUAAUUAUAGCAAAACCAAAAGUCAAUUAUUGAAUGCAAAAAGUAAUGAGGCCUUCAAAGGAAAAAAUAUUGUAGUCAAGAAAAAAUAAAUCUAUUUUCCCAAAACUGAUUGAUUUAAAAAAAAAUAAUAAAAUAAAAUUCUGGAAAAGUUGAAGUAGGCAAACAUGGCUGGAAAAGAUGUAUUUGUGUACCGCACAUUUUUUUUUUUGUUCAGGGUAUUCAAAAAAAAAUAAUUAUGAUCUAUCUUGAAGUUUGACUGUGACAUUUAUUCCUUUCACAUUUGUAUGCUAUUUCAGGGGAUUUGUUAAAUAUUUAAA